CUCCGCCCCUUUAACCUUUAGGGUGUGCGGACGCAGGAGUCCCUCGCCUUCUCUCCCCUUCCCCCUCCCCUUUCCCCACCCCUUUGCUUUAGGCUGACCCAGCCGGAAGCGAAGAUGGCGGCGGCGGCGGAGGCAGCGGCUGGCGCUGCUUCCGUGGAGUUGGUGAUCGGCUGGUGCAUUUUCGGGCUCUUACUCCUGGCUAUUUUGGCUUUCUGCUGGAUAUAUGUUCGUAAAUAUCAGAGUCAGCGGGAAAGUGAAGUUGUCUCCACCAUAACAGCAAUUUUUUCUCUGGCGAUUGCUCUAAUCACAUCAGCACUUCUACCGGUGGAUAUUUUUUUGGUUUCUUACAUGAAAAAUCAAAAUGGCACGUUUAAGGAUUGGGCUAAUGCUAAUGUCAGCAAACAGAUAGAGGAUACUGUAUUAUAUGGCUACUACACUCUGUAUUCUGUUAUAUUGUUCUGUGUGUUCUUCUGGAUUCCCUUUGUCUACUUCUAUUACGAAGAAAAAGAUGAUGAUGAUACUAAUAAAUGCACUCAAAUUAAAACGGCUCUCAAGUACACUGUGGGAUUUGCUCUCAUUUGUGCACUUCUUCUUAUAGUUGGUGCUUUUGUUCCAUUGAGUGUUCCCAGUAACAAAAAUUCUACAGAGUGGGAAAAAGUUAAAUUCUUGUUUGAAGAACUUGGAAGUAGUCAUGGAUUAGCUGCAUUAUCUUUUUCCAUUAGUUCUCUCACCUUGAUUGGAAUGUUGGCAGCUAUAACUUACACAGCAUAUGGCAUGUCAGCAUUACCUUUGAAUCUGAUAAAAGGUACUAGAAGUGCUGCUUAUGAACGUUUAGAAAACAGUGAAGACAUUGAAGAAGUAGAGCAACACAUUCAAACAAUUAAAUCAAAAAGCAAAGAUGGCCGACCUUUGCCAGCAAGGGAUAAACGCGCCUUAAAACAAUUUGAAGAAAGGUUACGGACACUUAAGAAAAGAGAGAGACACUUAGAAUUCAUUGAAAACAGCUGGUGGACAAAAUUUUGUGGUGCUCUGCGUCCCCUGAAGAUCAUUUGGGGAAUAUUUUUCAUCUUGGUUGCAUUGCUGUUUGUAAUUUCUCUCUUUCUGUCAAAUUUGGAUAAAGCUCUUCAUUCAGCUGGAAUAGAUUCUGGUUUUAUAAUUUUUGGAACUAAUCUGAGUAAUCCACUAAAUAUGCUUUUACCUGUACUGCAAACAGUUUUCCCUCUUGAUUAUAUUCUUAUAACAAUUAUUAUUAUGUACUUUAUUUUCACUUCAAUGGCGGGAAUUCGGAAUAUUGGUAUAUGGUUCUUUUGGAUUAGAUUAUAUAAAAUCAGAAGAGGUAGAACGAGACCCCAAGCACUCUUGUUUCUCUGCAUGAUACUUCUGCUCAUUGUCCUUCAUACAAGCUACAUGAUAUAUAGUCUUGCUCCCCAGUAUGUUAUGUAUGGAAGCCAAAAUUAUUUAAUAGAGAACAAUACCAGUUAUGACGACCAUAAAGGCAAUUCCACCAUUUCCGUGCCAAAGAGAUGUGAUGCUGAUGCUCCUGAAGAUCAGUGUACUGUUACCCGGACAUAUCUAUUCCUUCACAAAUUCUGGUUCUUUAGUGCUGCAUACUAUUUUGGAAACUGGGCCUUUCUUGGGGUCUUCUUGAUUGGAUUAAUUGUAUCCUGUUGUAAAGGGAAAAAAUCAGUCAUUGAAGGAGUAGAUGACGAUGAUUCAGACCUAAGUGACGAUGAGCCCUCUGCCUAUUCUGGUUGAUAGUGUUCUGUCUUACCACUGACUGAAUUCCCGUUGUGCAUUUAAAGUGUUAAACUAACAUUAAGAUGAGCAAAUUAGCUUUCAUCAAAAAAUGGGAGCAUGGCUGUUAAAAGAACUAUAUUUUUUAUGUUUUCUGAAAUAAAUAACAUUGUAUCAUAGAUUCACAUUUAAAUUACUAAAAUUCUAUGUAAAUAUAAAAUGGUUGGCUUUGUGAAGGAAUGUUUGUGGAAAACUUCUUUCUGUAUUGUAAAAUAGUGUCAGACUGAUUAAAAUCUUCCAGAAUUCAUACAACUUCUUCUUUGUUUUUAAAGAUAUAAUCACUUGCAUUUGUGCCUU